AUGGGCAACUACUUUGGCCUUCGCGGCCAAGCCCUCAACUGGGCCAUUGGCGCCGUUGCCGGCUGCGACUUUCUCCUCUUCGGUUACGACCAAGGUGUCAUGGGCGGCCUCUUGACCCUGCCCGUCUUCCUCGAACAGUUCCCCGACAUCAACGACAAGGAUCCCGCCAUCGCAAACGACCACGCCAUGCAGUCCAACCGCUCCACCUAUCAAGGCAUUGCCAUCGCCUCGUACAACCUGGGCUGCUUCAUCGGCGCCGUCAUCGCCAUCUUCAUCGGGAACCCCCUCGGCCGCCGGCGCAUGAUUUUCCUCGGCACCGCCAUCAUGGUCGUCGGCGCCGCCCUCCAGGCCUCGGCCUUUAAGCUCGAGCACUUCAUCAUCGGCCGCAUCAUCACCGGCCUCGGCAACGGCGGCAACACCUCCACCGUUCCUAUGUGGCAGUCGGAGACGUGCUCGGCCCACAAGCGCGGCAAGCUCGUCAUGAUUGAAGGCGCCCUCAUCACCGGCGGCAUCACCAUUUCCUACUGGGUCGACCUCGGCCUCUCCUUUGCCCCCGGCUCCGUCGCCUGGCGCUUCCCUCUCGCCUUCCAGAUCGUCUUUUGCCUCUUCAUCCUCGCCUUUGUCCUCGACCUGCCCGAGUCCCCCCGCUGGCUCAUCCUCAAGGGUCGCGACGACGAGGCCCGCCGCGUCAUUGCAGCCGUCGCCAAUGUCAGCGACGACGACAAGUACGUCGACAACGAGCUGCUCGCCAUCAAGGAGACGGUGGCAGAGAUGAGCAAGGGCUCCUACUCCGAUCUCUUCGCUUGCGACAGGAACCGCACCCUGCACCGAACCCUCAUCGCCUACUUUAACCAGAUGUUCCAGCAGAUUUCCGGCAUCAACCUCAUCACCUACUACGCCGCCAAGAUCUACUCGGAUCUCGGCAUGUCGCCCUUCAUGUCCCGCCUGCUCGCCGCCCUCAAUGGAACCGAGUACUUCAUCGCUUCCUGGCCCGCCGUCUUCCUCGUCGAGCGUGUCGGCCGUCGCAAGCUCAUGCUCUUCGGCGCCGCCGGUCAAGCCAUUACCAUGGCCAUCCUGGCCGGCGUCAACUCGAGGCCCACCGAGAAACCCUAUCAGAUCGCCGGCAUCGUCUUCCUCUUUGUCUUCAACACCUUCUUCGCCAUCGGCUGGCUCGGCAUGACUUGGCUGUACCCGGCCGAGAUCACGCCCCUGCGCACCCGCGCUCCUGCAAACGCCCUUUCGACGUCGUCCAACUGGAUUUUCAACUUCUUGGUCGUCAUGAUUACACCCGUGGCCUUCCAGAAUAUCCAGUACAAGACAUAUCUUGUGUUUGCCGUCAUCAACGCCUUUAUGGUCCCGUCGGUCUACUUCUUCUUCCCUGAAACGGCGUACCGGUCGCUGGAGGAGAUGGACACCAUCUUCCAAAAGGUUUCGGGCUGGAAGGGCGCAUUUACUGUCAUCCGUCAAGCCGAGAUUGAGCCGCGCCGUUACGGCAAGAACGGCGAGCUGCUUCUUGCCAUUGAUGAGAAGGCCGGGACGGAGCAUCACAAUGCCAGCACGAGCGACACAAACGCCGUCGCCAACACGGGCAUGUUUACCAAGGCCGAUGAAGAGACGCAGCGGCCGCACCACUGA